CAACGUCGAGAAACGGGGUGCCUGAGACGUAUAAAGCUGCAACAUGGCGACUCUCCGAAGAGACUACGGAGAGUGGCGAUACAACCGUUUUUAAAACAUAUAGUUACGCCUCGUGCAAUGUGGCGGGAUUAGCACAAGCCUCGACACCCACAACAUUGUAAACUAUGUUUGCAGAGGCCAGUCUGUCUGUGUGGGGAUGGGGGGGUCUAGGAGUGGUGCUGUUCCUCAUCACUUUUGGACCCUUCGCUGUCUUCUACCUGGCCUUCUAUAUCUUCUGCUUCGUAGGAGGUGGUUUUGUGGUCACUCUGUUGUUUGGGAAAACCAACUCAGAAAGACAUCUAGAGAGGUGUGAACACUCCUAUCUUCCGGCCACGCAAACGGGUAUACUGAAGACAUUGGAUGAGAUGAGACUGGAGCCGAAGCCUAUACAGAUAGACAGGAGACUGACUGGCUCCAACUACAUAGACGAGCCUCUUCAACAGGUCAUCCAGUUUGCUUUGAGAGAUUAUAUCCAGUACUGGUAUUACACUCUGAGUGAGGAUGAUUCUUUUCUGCUGGAAAUCAGACAGACGGUCCAGAAUGCUCUGGUACAGUUCUCCACUCGGUCUAAAGAGGUGGACUGGCAGCCUUAUCUGACCACCAGACUGGUGGAUGACUUCGCUACUCACCUUCGAGUCUUCAGAAAGGCCCAGGACAGACUGGAGGACAGUAAACAGAGGGACUUGUCGGAGGAGAUGGUGGAGUCAUUCUUUGAGGCGGAGGUGGAGAUGGAGAGGAACAUCUGUAGAGACGUGGUCUGCACCUCCCUGAAGGAUGAAGAAGGGUUCCUGAGGGAUCUGUGUGAGGUGCUGCUCUACCUGUUACUACCUCCUGGAGACUUCCACAACAAGAACAUGAGAUACUUCCUCAGGGAGAUUCUGGCGCGAGGCGUUCUCCUUCCCCUGGUCAACCAGCUGAGUGAUCCUGAUUACAUCAACCAGUUUGUUAUCUGGAUGAUCCGGGACUCGAGCUGUAACUACGAGGCUUUUAUGAACAUCUUGAAGCUGACAGACAGAGUGUCUGAACUGGAGGCUGUUAAAGACAAGGCCCUGGAGGAACUACAGUACCUACGAUCACUGGACACCGCAGGAGACGAUAUCAAUGUAAUAAAGAACCAGAUCAACAGUCUGAUGUUUGUGAAGAAGGUCUGUGAGACCAGGAUACAGAGGCUACAGUCUGGGAAGGAGGUGGAUGCUCUGAAACUAGCGGCAAACUUGGGCAAGCUGUGCAUCAUACCCCUGGAGCACAUUCUGGUACACAACAUCGCCCUGCAGUUCUUUAUGGACUACAUGUUGGUGGCUGGGGCCCAGGCAGAGCUGUUCUUCUGGCUGACAGUGGAGGGCUACAGAGUAACAGCCCAGCAACAACUAGAGGUGAUGGAGGGAUGGCAGAAGGAUGGAAGGAAGGGAGGAGACACUAAAGGACUGCUGAAGGCUGCAGCACUAGGGGUGUAUGAACAGUACUUAUCUGAUAAGGCGUCCCCCAGGGUGCAGGUAGAUGAGGCGUCUGUUCUCCAACUGGGAGAGAAGCUGCAGAAGGACAGCGACCCCACGCCAGAGAUAUUCGACGACAUCCAGACCAAGGUGUAUGACAUGAUGCUUCGUGAUGAGAGGUACUACCCGUCGUUCAGACAGAGUCCCCUCUACAUCAGGAUGUUAGCUGAGCUGGACAUGCUCAAAGAACCCUCCUAUAGAGGAUCAGAUGACGGAGACGGAGAAUCGUUCAACGGUUCUCCAACAGGAAGCAUUAAUCUGUCUCUGGAUGACCUGUCGAACUCCUGCCAUGAUGACAAUAUGCAGCUACACGCCUUCAUCUCUGAUACAGGGGUGUGUAACGACCACGGCAAGACCUACGCCCUCUACGCCAUCACUGUGUUGCGCCGUAACCACGACGGCAGCGAAGACUCCUGGAAGACCUACCGACGCUACUCUGACUUCCACGAUUUCCACAUGAGGAUCACGGAGCAGGUGAAGUUUGAGAAUUUGACGGCGAUCCUGAAGCUGCCGGGGAAGAAGACGUUCAACAACAUGGACAGAGACUUCCUGGAGAGGAGGAAAAAAGACCUGAACUCGUACCUACAGCUGCUGUUGAAUCCAGAGAUGAUGAAGGCCUGUCCUACUCUGGUUCACUACGUCUACGACUUCCUGGAGAAUAAACAGUACAGCAAGGGGAAGGGAGAUUUCGCUCGCAAGAUGGAUACGUUUGUGAACCCCCUGCGUAGCUCGAUGCGUAACGUGUCCAACGCUGUGAAGGGCCUGCCAGACAGUCUGGCUGGAGGGAUGAACAAGGCUGCUGACAACAUGGGACGCAUGUCUGAGAAACUGGGACAGGACAUAAAACAGGCCGUGUUCAAGGUGCCUCCAAUGCUCCCCAAGUCUGACUUUGACCCAGAGCACUGCCGAGUCUCGGCCCAGCUGGACGACAACGUAGAUGAUAACAUCCCCCUGCGUGUGAUGCUGCUGUUGAUGGAUGAGGUGUUUGACCUGAAGGAGAGGAACCAGUGGCUCCGCAGGAACAUCAAGAACCUUCUGCAGCAACUCAUCAGAGCCACAUACGGAGACACUAUCAACAGGAAGAUCGUGGAUCAUGUGGACUUCAUGACAGCUCCAGAACAGGUGGCCGACUACGUCAAGAAGUUCCGGGAUUCGUACUGGCCCAACGGAAUCCUGGCCGAGUCUCCACCACGCAGGGACAAGAACAUCCGCAUGAGGACGAGGGUCGCGGCCAAGACCAACCUAUUGGGAAUCAUGCCAGAUGAGUUGAAGCACAUCAUCGGGGCGGAUACGACUCGUAAGGGAAUCCUUCGUGUGUUUGACAUGUUCCAACACGGACCAAUGAAUCGUCGGCUGGUCUACGUGCUCCUAGAAGGCUUCCUGGAGACCAUGUUCCCUCACUACAAGUUCCCUGAGCUGUUCGUCAAACUCCACUCUCGCUCGCCGCGCACAGCCAGAUACACACAGAAAGUCAAGAGCACCUUCCCGAAGAGGUGACAGGAGACUGGAAGUGGGCAGGGUUACCGGGUGACACCCGGUGUAAGAGAAAAGAGGGAGGAGAGUUGUGGGGAUGGUGUGUGCUGUUGAGAAGAGGUUAACGUGUGUGUGUGUGUAUGUGUGUGUGUGUUCUGCCCUCGUUCGAAGGGAUUGUUGGGACCAUCCUAGUUGUUAACUCUGCCCUGCUCUCCACUUCCCCUACGUGCCUCACAAACACACUCCUGUAGCGUGGACAAACUGAUUUGGGUUUUAUUUGUUUUAUGCUAACUGUUUUAUUGUAGAUGUGUUGUCAGACUGGCACAGCUGCUCUGAUGAGAGCUGCUCUGAUAUGCCCAGCAGGUGAUCUCACUUCCUGAUACCAGGCCGCGUAUACAGAAAUAGAUUGAUAGGGGAGGGGGGAACAUGGCAUAGAGGAUGCCAUGGUUUGUGAGACAGAAAGCAUCAACCACAUCCGGUUCUGCAAGGCGUUUGUUUGUCAAUGUGACAUCAUCAUCCCGUCAUAAUCCUCUAGAACACGAGGAGGCUGAGUUUGAUCUAAAGUCCACUCCCCCUUUUUUUAAUGCGCCUGUCAGUAGCCAUGACAACCACAGCUCUAACUGUUUUUGUUUGUUUGUUUACGGGGAUGAUGGACAGCUCUACUGUGCUUCAUGUUAAUGGAAAGCAGGAUAUGAACAGCUCCCCUGCCGGUGAGGCCUGGGUAAAUGUGAAAUGGCCCGUUCUAAUGGACUGACACCGUCUCAUAGUAAUCCACUACAUUUUGGAAUGAGACAGAAUGAAAUGACAGGCCAGACUGUGAAUGUUGCUGUCUGUAGAGUAGAAUAUACUCACUGGGCGUGUGCGUUUUGAGAGUGUGUGUGUUUUGUGAGUGUGUGUGUGUUUUGAGAGAGAGUGUGUGUGUGUCUGUUUUGAGAGU